UAACUUCCUGUUUCUUUGAAAAUAAGAUCCGGGUCACUCGAAUGUCCCUAAGGGAAAAAUAAUCAUUUCGUUUCCUGAGUCCGUUUCUCACAAAACGAAGGGAAAAGGAAGAGGGUGAGGCCUGUCCGCGCGGCCGUUGCUAUGGCGGCGAGGGGUGUUGAGGGGCUGCUGGCGCUGAAGAGCGGCCGUCGCUGUCACCUGACUCCGGGCUGCUUCGUUCGGCCGCUGCGGCCGCGUCCCUGCCCAGGCCGCUAAAGAAUCGCUCUUGGAGAAAAGGUGCUGAAGGAUGGCUGAAGCCCCGGAGCUGCAGGGCGCUGAGGUGGUUAGCCUGCGGGAGAAAGUGGCUGCAUUGGAGGCGGAGUUGGGCGCCUGUAAGAGCCGCCUGGAGCGGGAGAAGAAACUGCGCCUCAAAGCCCAGGCCAGCGCUGCCAAGUUACGGAGACGGAUUGAAGAACUCUGUAAGAAAAACAGUGACAGUGAAAGAAAUGAGAAGGCAACAUCCAGUAUAGAAGUGCAAACUGAAGAUGCUGCUGAAUGGUCACAUGGAGGUUAUUAUUAUUAUAAUUAUUAUAGUAGUUCUGAUCCUCAUGAUUUCACCAGAACACCAGUACAACCAAGUAAUGAUAAUGAAAUAUCAAGCCCUGAUUGUAUAGAUCAGUUACAACCAGGUGAUCACCCAGGUGUUAAUGGUGCAAAGAAUGAUGAGCAUGGGGAACAGGAUGAUGUGCUUCAUAAUGUGCAGCAAUCAGAAGAUCCUCUGUCAGCAGAAGGUACAUUAGCAGAAAGCUUGAGGGCUGCUGCAGAGGCUGCUGUGUCACAAACAGGAUUUAUAUAUGAUGAAAGCAGUGGAUUAUAUUAUGACCAUAGCACUGGAUUCUAUUAUAACUCGGAAAACCAACUUUAUUAUGAUCCAACUACUGGAAUUUAUUACUAUUGUGAUGUUGAAAGUGGCCGAUACCAGUUCCAUUCACGAGUGGAUCUACAAUCUUAUGGAACAGCAACUGCUCAGCAUAGCAAAGACAGGAAAGGCAAAAAGAAGAGAAAAGAUGCAGAAUGGCCUAGGGCAAAUGAGUAUAAGGACUUGAAUACAGAUGAGCAAAAAUCAUCCAGCAAUCUGAAUUGCCUUUUUACCAUGAAUGAGCUAAGUUCUCCAGAAGAAGAAGAAUGUCCAAAUGUGAAAAAGGCUAAGGUGGACAUUGAUACAAGAAACUGCCCAACAGCCAAAGAAUCAAUUACCACAAAUGGCGUCAAUUUACAUCUUAAAAAUACACAAUGCAUUGCUGUGAUAGAUGACAGUAAAACAGAAACAGAGAGUGAGCCAGAAGAAGGUGAAAUUAUAGACUCUGAACAGGAGGAAUAUAGCAGUGAAGAUGAAGUAACAAGUGAAGAAACUGUAAAUUCAGAAGACACUGACAGUGAAGAUGGAGACAAGAUCUGGCCCCCUUGUAUUAGAGUGAUUGUAGUUAGAUCACCGGUACUGCAAAUGGGAUCUCUGUAUAUCAUCACAGCUGUCAAACCUGCCACAAUUGGAAGAGAGAAAGAUAUGGAACAUACACUGCAAAUUCCAGAGGUUGGAGUUAGUAAGUUUCAUGCAGAAGUUUACUUUGAUCAUGAAUUGCAAAGUUACGUUCUUGUGGAUCAAGGCAGUCAGAAUGGUACUGUGGUUAACGGAAAUCAAAUUCUGCAGCCUAAAACAAAAAGUGAACCUCAUGUUCUGGAACAUGGUGAUGAGGUGAAGAUUGGGGAAACAGUAUUAUCAUUUCACAUACACCCUGGCAGUGAAACCUGCGAUGGAUGUGAACCAGGGCAAGUCAGAGCCCAUCUUCGCCUUGAUAAGAAAAGUGAAUCUUCUAUUUGCCCUGUUCUGACAAAAGAAGAGAAGGAAUUAGUUAGAAGGAAAGCGUUAAAACAAAUACGUGUUAAAUAUGGCUUGCAGAAUACAGAAUAUGAGAAUGAUAAAGUUAUAAAAAAUCCAAACUACAAAGACAGAGCAGGAAAGCGCCGUGUGACAGUUGGAAGUGAAGGGAACUUUCACAGAGAUGAUGCUCCUGCAUCUGUACAUGUUGAAAUUAGUGAUAGCAACAAAGGUCAUAAAAUGUUGGAGAAGAUGGGAUGGAAGAAAGGAGAAGGACUUGGAAAGAGUGGUGAUGGAAUGAAGGAUCCGAUCAAACUUCAGCUGCGCAGAAAGCAUGCAGGCCUAGGUUCAAAUACACCUGUAUCUGCUGAAGAAGUUCAGAUCAUCAACACCAAGAACAAAAAGAACUGGGAAAAAGCAAGAGAGAGAUUUGCUGAAAACUUUCAGGAAUCUAAAACACAGAAAAAUGUACCAAAGGAUCUGACUUGGGUUAGAGAAACUGCAGAAUGACAUUCAGAGUUUAACAUGUUUAAAUAGCUUUUUCAUUUUAUGCUAAAAUGGAAGUUGAAUUGUUUGUAUUAUAUUUCUUAGACAACUGUACUGGCUGAUUAACUGCAAUCCCUGGUUGGGUUUAUAUGCUAUUUUUAUUUUUCUUUAAAGCACAAUUUCUUUAAUUCACAAUAGUGUGAAUUAAAAUAGUCCAGGUCUUGUUUGAAUGGAUUUUGAUACUAACUUUUUGGAACAUGCAUAAUUUAGGAGGGAAGACAUUUUAACCUACCUAGUCAGUGAAUUGAAAUAUUAAUUUCUGCCUGUUCUUGGACUCUUCAUGGGUCUCAUAGGAAUGUAUGCAUUGAUGCACAAAAUGCCUUGUGUAUUUUUAACAGAAGAGGAGCGUCACUGAUAUGCUUCACUACUCCAUUCCUAUUAUAUGAAAUUACGGAGAUUUUCUAACAACCUUGUUUUCUUCUGUGAAGGAUGCUGUUGAGGGUUAUGUACUAAGCUUGUAGUACCCUUGAAGGAAGCAUGUUCAGAAAUUGCCACGAUAAGUCAGAGCUGUUCUACACUUUAAGAAUUGUUACUAAAAAGUUGAUGUGGGGGAAUCAUGACUGAUUAUAUGCUUCCUGGCUGACUCAAGAACUCCUCUUGAAAGGCUAGCUUACAAAGACAAUUCUUAGCCUAAUCUUUCUAUGUGUGCAGGAAGUUCUGAAAGGUAUUCAAUCAUGCAUUUUUCUACCUGCAUUUGGAGUGAUAGCCAAGAGUUCUGUACUAUGUUAUUCUUAAAGUGUAGAUUGCUCCUAAGACGUAAACUGCUAGCUCUAAGUCAGUCUCCAAGCCAUUCUUAUGUAGGCCUCUCUGAAAUCAGUGGGAUGGCUUAGAAUUUCAGCGGACAAACACUGUUAAUCUGUUGGCCCUGUUCUGAAUCCAUUGCUGGCAAUGGAGUUUAGACUAGGAACCUUUGUUUUUCUUUGUUUCAGGGCAGAGGUUGAACACUUAUUUAUUGAAUGUUAAUAAAACAGUGCUUUCAA